AUGGCAAACUCCAAUGGAACGAGUUUCUCCCAGCCCGUACACUGCUACCACUCGCGCGACACGAUGUCUUCCUUGCCUGCGAAUAUCAACUAUUACAACCAAGUACCGCUGUACCAGGAGAAGAACCCAGAUCGUGAUAUGGAGGCUGUUUUGCAGUCCUGUUGUUCGAAUGGCGUGUGGAUUUAUGAGGACCCAGAUCCUUGUACUGCGGUCUGUCGCUCGUCUUCUUCGGCGGAGACGAAGAGGGUCAUGUACUGCCUGAAUGCUGCGGGCGUUAUGCAUGGGAGCAGUACGGAGUAUAAAUCUGGGGCGGUGCGGAAGGGGCCGUCGAUGGGAUGCUCGUUGGUUUCCUUGGUGGUUGGGGGUUUGCUUUUGUCGGGAAUGUUUGUCUGA